AUGUCGCUCCGUACCCUGACACGAACACCGCUGAGCUGCGUCUCGCGGCUCCGUACUGCCAGUGCCAUGCCAUUGCGUGCAAACAUCACCAAUCCCGCCUUGAUGGGCGGCGCCAGAACGUAUGCCACGCCGGCAGCAGACGUCUUGAAGGCGCAGCAGGACGACGACCCCGACGAUGUCAUCUUCACAAACAACUACGGCGUGCGCAGCAUCGAGCUCAACCGGCCCAAGAAGCUCAACUCGCUCAAUGGCUCCAUGGCGCGCAAGAUCAUCCCCCGCCUGCAGGAGUGGGCCAAUUCCGAGCUCGCAGGCGUCGUCGUCAUCAAGGGCAGCGGCCGCGCCUUUUGCGCUGGUGGCGAUGUCGCAGCGCUGGCCGCGUGGAACAAGCAGGGGCCCAAGGGACAGCAGAAGAGUACCGACUACUUUGGCCUGGAAUACAAGCUCGACCACUUGAUUGCCACAUACACCAAGCCCUAUGUCGCCUUCAUGGAUGGCAUCACCAUGGGCGGCGGCGUUGGCUUGUCGAUACACGCGCCGUUCCGCAUCGCGACCGAGAACACCAUCUUCGCCAUGCCCGAAACGACCAUUGGCUUUUUCCCAGACGUUGGCGCUUCCUUCUUCCUCCCGCGCAUGGAGGGCGCCCUGGGCACAUACCUAGCCCUUACUUCGGAGCAGCUCAAGGGCGUCGACGCCUUUUACCACGGCAUCGCAACCCACUACAUCCACUCGUCGACCCUGCAGCAGCUCGAGGCACGUCUCGCCGAGCUCCAGUUCCCCGACUACAUGACGCCCCGCCAGCGCUUCGGCAUCAUCAAUACCACGAUUGAGGAGUUCAGCACGGGCCUGCCUGCGGAGCGACCACAUAUCUCUGGGGAACUGCGCAGGACGAUUGACAGUGUUUUCCACGUUGACCAGCCGAGCAUCAAGGACAUUAUGGCGUCGCUCGAGAAAGUCAAGAAGGAGCACACAGAUGCUGACAUCCAAACGUGGGCAGACAAGACUAUCCAAACUAUCCACAGCCGCUCCCCAAUCUCCGUUGCGGUAGCUCUGCAGCAGAUGCGCGUUGGUCGCCAGUGGUCUAUUGCACAGACGUUUCAAAGGGAAUACAGCAUUGCUUCCAAGUUCAUGGCCCACCCCGACUUUGUCGAAGGUGUGACAGCACGUCUGGUGGAGCGAAAGAAGGAGCGGCCCAACUGGAAGCCCAACACGCUUGACGAUGUCAACAAUCAGGAUGUCGAGGCCUUCUUUGCCGUCGGCCGUGAGCCGCUGCUCUCGCUUCUCAACCAAAACGACUACAAGGACUACCCACAUGCCUGGAUCGGGCUGCCAAAAGAAAACGAGAUUCUCAGGGAGGCAGCAGGCAAGAAGACGGAGGAAGUUGUUGGUAAGCUACUGGAAAAAUACGAGGGCAAGCAGGGCGUUAGGGAGAAGAUUGCCGAAGUUCUUGAGAGAUAUCAACAGUAGAGUCGUCAUUCCGCAAUGACGUGUAUAAAUGUCCAUAAGACCAGAGAUGUGCAUGUGCCACAUGGAGUCCAGCAAAAAAUACUAGUACC